UUAUUAAUGACGCAUCUUGAAUGCGUGCUGUGCGGUGUUUGCACAUUUUGCAGGCGCAAAGUUCACAGUUUGCAGAGAACAUGGAGUUCACGCUUUCUGCAUGUUUAACAUUUCCCUCUAGCGCUCACGGCUUGUAUUUGUACCCAUCAUGGCGGCUCAGACCCGGGCUCUGGUGUCGGGACAGUGGCUGUCGGAUGCGAUCAGAAACAACCUGAUCGGACCGAAGCUCCGCGUUCUGGACUCGUCAUGGUAUCUACCGAAAACCAAACGGGACCCGAGGGCUGAAUUUGCGCAGAGGCACAUCCCGGGCUCGUCGUUUUUUGACAUAGACCAAUGCAGCGAUAAAAGCUCCGAGCUGGAUCACAUGCUGCCAACUUCCAGACACUUCUCCGAGUAUGUUGGAGAUCUGGGCAUCGGCAACGACACGCACGUCGUCGUGUACGACACCAGCGACUUCGGGGCGUUCAGCGCGCCCCGCGUCUGGUGGAUGUUCCGGCUGUUCGGGCACGGCUUGGUGUCGGUGCUGGACGGUGGGAUGAAGAACUGGUUGGCUGAGGGCCGUCCUGUCACAUCCGAGCACUCCAAACCGGAGAGCAGAGAGUUCAAGGCGACUCUGAACCAGGCGUGGGUGAAGAGCUAUGAGGACGUGCUGGAAAACAUCGGCACCAAGCAGGUCCAAACUGUGGAUGCAAGGUCUGCAGGGAGGUUCAGAGGAACCGAGCCCGAACCCAGAGAUGACACGCUGCCGGGUCAUUUCCCCGGUACCAUCAACAUGCCGUUCCCGUCUUUCAUGGACGCCUCUGGAAAAGAGCUGGGAACUGACCAACUGUCCAAACUGUUCAAAGAGGCCGGGGUGGACCUGGAGAAACCACUGUGGGCUACCUGUGGGUCCGGUGUCACGGCGUGUCAUGUUGUUCUGGCUGCUCACCUGCUGGGACACCCCGGGGUGUGUGUUUAUGACGGAUCCUGGUCUGAAUGGUUUAAAAGGGCGACUCCAGAGCACAUCAUCUCAGAGGGGGAAGGGAAGAAGGUGUGAAGGGACGAGUACAGGGGUGUAGUGUAGUGAUAGUCCAUGUUUCAUCUGAAACAUUCAGUGAAAAUCUCCUCUAUACUAUGCAACUCAUCUAAUUUUGCAUCACACAACAGUUGCACAAUUUAGAAAAGGUUCACACUACCCUGAAAUGACUUCACUGUUACAAAAAGUGCAAUUAUUCUCAAGAUUCAUGUCUAAAAAAUUUGUGUCAAAUGUUCACUUUUCUCAGAGGAGGAGUUAAUGUGAACAUAUUUGUGAAUCCUUUCACAAAUAUUGCAUUAAAUGCAAACACAAAACUUCAAAAUCUGGAUAACACUGGAAGAAAACGACUGACAUUGUUUCCCAUAAUCCCCCUGGGACUGUGAGGGAGAUUAUCAGUAUUUGUUCAGUGUAUGUAUUUUGCCCUUCUGUUAUCAGAGGCUAGCUACUGAAUAGGGAAGUUUUUCCUUCAUGUAUGACCAAGCGGCAACCUCAAACAUCCACUUUAGGCUGGAUACAGAACGAGUCAGUCUCCGUAAGUCCCCAUGUUAAAAUGUCCAGCAUAGCAGAAAUAAACAUGUUUACAGCCUGGUACAAAAAAAAUAGUUUUAGUCUUGAGAGCUAAGUCUGAAGUUUUAUAGAACUCACCCGUUCAAAUUAGGUUGAGGCUUAAAGUUAUGCAUAAUUAACAGCUUGGCUGCUUUAAUUGACAGGUGGGUGCUGUUAGAUGGCGUGUUUGAGCUCCUGGGCAUUUUAAAAAGGGAAGUCCUUGUUUUGCUACAGAAAGAUAAAGGUCACAUUUUUCCCUUUUAAAAUAUGCCAAGCUCUUGACAUGAGUAAAAACUUCUUUAUUCAGUAACUAGAAAUGUAAAUAUUUUGCUUUGUUAGAGGCUCAUCUGUGACAAAAGGGCAAAAUACACACACUGAACUAAUAUUGAUCUCCUUCACAGUCUGUGGGAUUAUAUAUUAUAUCGUUUUGGUCGUAUUCUUCCAGUGUUGUAUAGAUUUUCAGAAGUCAAAAUGUUUUGCUUUUGUAUUUUCACCUCAUAACAUAUUUUAGACGUGACCUUUAUCCUCGUGUAGCAAAGCAUUGAACUUCCCUUUAAAAUAUGUCAUGACAUGGAGGAUGUCAGAUGACAGGGCAAAAUACAUACAUACAUAUAAAUACAUACAUACAUAUUAUAGGAAACAAUUUUCUUUUAUUCUUUGCAGAGUUUGAUUCAAAUCAAAUGUUUUAUUUUGUAUUUUCGUCUCAUAACAUUUUAAUUUCAUCGUGAGUAAACUGUUGGAGAAGAAAAUUCAACUUAAUGUGAAAAAAUUAGGCAGAUAAAAAGGCCUACAGAAAGACUGCAGCUUCUUUUGCUGAGAUGCAAAAAAAAAAAAAAAAAAAAAAAUUGGGAUGCUGACGCAGACGAAAUCAAAACCAGUUCAGUCCGGUUCCUGUGCUUGAUUUGAGGUGUCUGGCAAGAUGCCCGAUUUUCAAGACAAAGUUUGAGUUUGUCUAUUUUAGGUUUUGUUUUACCAUGUCGGAACUAUGCACAGUCUUACAAUGUGAAGUAUUUGACUCGUAUGUAACCUGAAAAUACUAAUGUGAAGAAUAAUUAAGAAAUUCCUGAGUCCUAUUUUGAGAGUGGCUUUGAAGAUUGCAGUCAAAGCUGUGCACCUAUUCCAACCUGAAUCGUGUUUUUGUUACAAGCGAUCUGGCGUCUUUGAAUUGUUACACAUGGUGACUAACAAGUUAUCUAAAACACUGUUUAUGAUGUCAGCUGUUGCUAUGUUGCACUGAGGUGAAAAGCAAACUGUACAGACCAGAACAAAAGAGCGUUACUGAUGGGCAAAACAGAACGAACAAGUCAUUUUGAACAAUUCUUCUCAAACUGUGGACUUUGCCAAACCUCCACCCUGUGAUGGACAGCGCCUUUAUUGGGGUCUAUUUAGCUUCUGACACUCAUCCACUGAUGCAUUAGUCAUUUUCAAGCAAUGCUAAAGCACCAUAAAACACCACUGUAGCUGCUAAGACAUGUUUCUGUAUUUUUGUUAAAGUAUUGUCAAUAAAUUCGAAGCUAUUAGAAAA